AGCUGUUAUAUGCCACGAAAACAAAUAACUUUAACUGAAAGAUAGCUCUAGCCCAACAAAAUCAAUUUUUGAUAACUAUAACAAAGGCCAGCGUAUAAACAGAGCUUUCCAGUUUGUACAGUUGGUAUUAGAUGUGUUUGAAGAUUUUUACCGUGUAUGUUGAGGGCUAGUGACUAAAAUUCUGCUGAAGUUAAAUCCCAGUGAAAUAAUUAUAUCAUCUCAAGACUGAAAAAAUUCGUCUUUGUGGAUGGCCGUACGAGACUCGAGCUGCAACUCUCUGUGGGCCAGAAGGGAAGGAAUGAGAGUUGAUUGAAGAUGGAAUCUCCUGCGUUGUCGCUGGACUCAUUGCCAAGAGCUAACUCAUUUGGAUCAGUGGUGGACCACGCGGAGCUGGACUCUACCUCCCCUCUGUCUCUGAACAGCUCCUCCCCUUCCAGCAGCCACGGACACGACGCGCUCAAGUGCACGGUGUGCGGCGAGACCCGUGCCAACGUGAAGUUGCUGUCUUGCUUCCACACGGUCUGUGUGUCGUGUCUGGACAAGCGCGGGGGCAGUCAGUUCUCUUGUCCCGCCUGCAAGGAAGAGACCGCCUGCAAGAAGGCAGCGGAGUUCCCCUGGUGCACCGGAUGCAAGAGUCGCAGCACCGGCGCGGUCGCCCGCUGUUUUGACUGCGACAACUUCCUGUGUGCCAAGUGCAUGAUGGCGCACCAGUACAUGCACUGCUUCGAGGGCCAUCGAGUGCACUCUCUGGGAGACGCACAGCCGCAGAACGGCAAGGACGACACGAAGCCCGGCGGCGAGAAGGUGGUGGUGUGUUCGCGACACAAGGGGGAGCAGGUCAAGUACUUCUGUCGCUCUUGCAACGUCCCCAUCUGCAAGGAGUGCACGGCCGAUCACCCGAGCGGCAUGCACGACUACGAUCGCUUGAGCGACGUGGGACCCAAGCAGCUGGAAGUGAUGAUGCAGACGCUGCAGGAAACCCGCAGCAAGGCGACCGACAUCCGCAACUCUCUGAAGAACUUGGAGCACACGUCCAGUCGACUGCAGGUACAGUACCACAAGGCUCAGAACGAGAUCAACGAAACGUUCCAGUUCUACAGGUCCAUGAUUGAGGAGCGCAAGCAGGAGCUGCUGAAAGAGUUGGAGAGCGUGUUCUCGGCCAAACAGAUCUCUCUGAACGUGGUGGGGCAGAAGGCCCAGGAGACCAUGGAGAAGAUUUACGGAACUUGCGAUUUUUUUGAACGAAUCAUAAAACAUACCAGUAUGGUCGAAACUUUGAUGUGCAAAAGACUUUUUGACACAAAACUACAAGCAUUCAUGAACUAUAAUCCUGAAUCAAGUUUGCAGGCUGGUUGUGACCUGGAGUUUGUGUCCAACUACCAGGCAAUACAGGUGGGUGUGCGCAACACGUUUGGUUAUGUUCGCUCGUCCAGCUCGGAGCUCCAAGUGGGGCCGAGCAAGCAGCCGCCUAUCGCUCGCCCGGUCAACAGUUCGGUUCAUCUGAAUGGAAGUUCCAUCGGUCUGAACGGUACUGCAUUGCACGGUUCUGUGAAUGGAACUGGUUUGAAUGGGGGGUGUGUUAACGGCGGUGGUUUGAACGGUGUCUUGGAAAGACCUUACUCCAAUGGGUUGCUCUCAUCAUCAAGCACCUCCUCAUCUCCAUUUGAAUCAAACAUAAUAUCCAAGAGAUUCAGUAGUGCCAACAGUUUAGGACCAUUUUCUACCGCAGUUAGCGAUUUAAGCCUGAAUGGCAUGAACCCAUACGAGAAGUGGUCAAAUGGUGGUGGUGAGAGCAUUUUCCAGAAUGGAAGUGGAGAUCACUACAGUUUCUCAUCCAGCACCACUGCAGACUCCAUGCUGGACCUGACUUCCAAAUUGAUGUCCACUGCCAUUUUCCCACCCAAGUCGCAGAUCAAGCGGCAGAAGAUGAUAUACCACUGCAAGUUUGGAGAGUUUGGCGUGAUGGAGGGGCAGUUCACAGAGCCCAGCGGCGUUGCCGUCAAUGCCCAGAAUGACAUCAUAGUGGCAGACACCAAUAACCACCGCAUUCAAAUAUUUGACAAAGAGGGUCGCUUCAAGUUUCAGUUUGGAGAAUGUGGCAAGCGUGAUGGACAACUGCUGUACCCCAAUCGAGUGGCAGUUGUUCGCACUUCUGGUGACAUCAUCGUGACAGAGAGAUCACCCACGCAUCAGAUUCAAAUAUACAAUCAGUAUGGGCAGUUUGUCCGAAAGUUUGGAGCCAAUAUUCUUCAGCAUCCACGAGGUGUAACUGUCGACAGCAAAGGGCGGAUUGUUGUGGUUGAAUGCAAAGUUAUGCGUGUAAUUAUCUUCGAUCAAUCUGGAAAUGUGUUGCAAAAGUUUGGGUGUUCCAAGCAUCUCGAAUUCCCAAAUGGAGUUGUUGUUAAUGACAAACAAGAAAUUUUUAUCAGUGACAAUAGGGCUCAUUGCGUCAAAGUUUUCAACUAUGAAGGUACCUACUUGCGUCAGAUAGGAGGUGAAGGCAUAACCAACUAUCCCAUAGGUGUGGGCAUAAACUCCGCUGGCGAAAUUCUUAUCGCAGAUAAUCACAAUAAUUUCAAUUUGACUAUUUUCACCCAAGACGGUCAGCUUGUGUCAGCAUUGGAAUCCAAGGUUAAGCACGCUCAAUGUUUUGACGUAGCAUUGAUGGAUGAUGGCUCCGUUGUUCUGGCAAGCAAGGACUACCGUCUGUACAUCUAUCGCUACGUCCAGGUACCCCCAAUCGGGCUGUAGACUGUCCACGAACACAUAUCCCGCUCUAAACGUAUUUGUUGUUAUUUAACAACAGACUGAUCAUUUGUUUACUUAUUGUAAUAAUAGUCGGAGGAUUAAUAUUGUUGCAACUCUCUUCAACACUCAGCGACUAGCCAUCUUCACGUUCUGAAGGAAUCGUGUUUGACUUCAUCUUUACUAUUGCCACUUCCACUGUUUCAAUCAACUGACUGUCUCUUAUGUCAUCAAUUGUGGUAAUAAAGGUGGCUAGGCUAGUUUUGUAACGGUUAGAUGUGAAAGAGUUUGAGUGCUUGCAAAUGUUUUCUUCACUAUUCGUAUGUUUUUUUUAAUAUAUGUGUAGCAUAAUUGAUAUGCUCCAGUAGGAGUCUGUCGUUUUGACCAAUUCUUGAAGAAUCUGUAAGAACCACAGGGAAUUCACAUCAAUGUAGAUGCAAGUGAUUUUAUUAGUGAAACAGUUUUGGUGCCUGGGCCAUGUUUUCUAGUUUUAAAAGAAAGUCAGUGAAACAAUUUCUUGAAUCACCACCUUUUUCUUGAUAUGAUCUAUUUUACUAUGCACAUUUUGGGAUGUUGUAUAUUGUAUCCUAGUCUGAUACAAUCCACACAUGUUGCCAAACAAAAAAAAACUUUUAUAUACAGAACUCCAAAGACGAUUUUGAUUUUUGUUUACCAAGCUGUUAGUUGACAGUUUCUUUUGUUAUACUGUUUAUCAGAAUAGUAUCGAAACAUCCUAGUCAAACUCUUCUAUGCCUUCGUAACUACCAGUUUUUGUACUAGGGUAGCAAGAACUUGGUCACAUUUUUUUCCACCUGCACAGUAACAUUUAAGUUAUACAUUUGAUAUCUUAUUGUUUUAUGUGUCUUUGUUUUUGUUGUAAAGCUAUGGUGAUAUUUAUUUCCAUUGCCUGGUUAUGUGAAAAACAACAGUACUCUGCUUAAUCAAACUGAGUAAUUUUUUAAAUUUGCUAAAAUGUUUUGUGUUAAGAGCAAUAACAGUGUUUAUAUGAUUGACUUAUUGCAUUUAAUGUUUUUUUUUUUUUAUGGUAGGUGUGCUGUGUUUACGUAACAACAGUAUUUGAUUUCUGUUGUAGGUAGAUUUUUAAAGAAAGAAAGAAAGCUAGCUUCACUAAGCAGUUUUGUGGAUGUAUUUAAUUUUUUUUCAGGUGGACUGUUUAGUGAAUGUUUUAUCAAUAAGGACAAGAGAAUUUGAUCAAAAUGUUAUUUUUGCAUUUUACCAUUUACAAUAUGACUGAUUUCUUGGUCAUGUUUUUAUACAUUGCCAUGUUCCUAAACACUUUUGUACAUUUGUGUUCAUAGGUGUUUUUUCUUCUAAUUUUCAGGUCGUCAACCACGUUGUUUAUCCCUGCUUUAAUUCCUUCUCUUGUUCUUGAUAUAUCAUAGCAAAUAUAUUUUGAGAAAUUUACUAUCAGUUGAGCAAAUUCCAGUGGUAUGGAUUUUUAUAUUGUUUUUAAAUAUGUAUUAAUAUUUAUUCUUCUCUAAUUUAUUGCAAUCGGUUGUUAUUUUUAAAUGCAGGCAUCCUAAGAUGUUUAUGCCAGAGUUUAAGGCUUGUUGCAUGCUUCAAGCAAUGGCUAAUUGUAAGAUAUAUCAUCGUGAAAACUAUGGUUAUGUUGACUAGUUUGCAUGUGAAUAUGAUAAAAGAAGACUAUUUAAUUGCCAUUGAUUGCCUUUCAAGCUGAAAUUAUAACUUUUUUUUAUCUAUCUGUUUUUAGAAACUAAUCAUUUUGUUGAAUUUUAUUGAAAGAAAAUGUGUACAGUUACUUUGUUUUAUGUUAAUUUUGUUGGAAAUGUUUUUAUUGAUAAGAUUGUUUUUUUACUCUUAAGUUAUUGUAAUUUGUUUUUAUUUAGAGGUAACAUAGUAGCAGAGGUGGUGUGUGUUACUGACGUAUCAGACCAUUGCCACUCUGUGACCAAACAUUUGUACUGGGUUUGCAGCCACGCCCGUGGGAGCACUAGCUUUAUGUACUACUGUGUGGGCCAGAGAUAGUUUGUUUUCUUGUGUAUUUGUAGUUAAUGUUGAUUAUAACAACUCGAGUACAAACUUUGGUAAGUGGAAAGUGUUUUUAAUGUCUCUCUUUACUUAGAUAGUAACAUGGGCAAGACUGAUUGGAGACUGAUUGAAGUAGAAAAGGAAGGAGAAAAAUCUUUCCUUUAAUUUUUAAAGUUGCAGAAGUGUCACAUGAUUAUUAAAAAAAAAAAAAUACUUUAUUAAAAGGAAAUAAAACAUGGAACUUUCAGUACAUAGCCCAGGUUGGAAGAUGAAUUUUUUCUAAGAAACCUUCCUAAAUCGUCUCUGUUUACAGAUGUUGUCAAUCAAGUCAAUUAAUUUAGGGAACAUGCAAUGCAGUAGGUGUUAUAUAUGCAUAUACAUAACGUAGUUUUUUCCUGCUUUUGUAUGUGAAGUGCUUUGUAAUGGUAGUUGGUAGGAGCUGCUUUUUGCGUAUCUCGUCUUGUCCACUUUGUAGCGUCAACCAACAUGAUACAGUGUCGGACGGUGUUGCGCGCGGUAAGAGAUCCGUCGAUACAUUUGCCACCCGAGAGGGAGAUGUAGUUCUUGUUACUCAUUAUUGGUGCAUUUUGCUCAUGUUGUUGUGCGAGUCUGAAGCCAAACACCAAGGUGCACUGCGCGCCCGUUAUAAAAGUGAGCACCAAUCGACCCCGUUUAAUUUGCCACCUGAGGUGCGUGUCCCGGGUCCCAGUUGUCGGGAGCUUCGUCGUGCCGUCGCGCCGUCGCGCCGGACCCGGCUGGUGCAUCCUCGGCAGUCCUCACACAACAGACUGUGAUCGUUCGAAUUGCCUUCCCUCUGUUCAUCCAGCUCAGCAUCUUGUUUGUUUGUCAACAAAAAAAUUGUGUCCUAUUGAAAAUUUUAUAAGGUUGUAAUGUCCGAAAUAAAUGGAUGGAUUCACUCAUUAACUAGUUCACAAUUACUGGUAAGUGAUAACGUGUCGUAGGUCGGUUCGUUCGUUUGGGCGUGCUCUCUUUUGAAAUGCGGCAUAUUCGUAGCAGCAUUGUUUUCUGCAUGGUUUUUCUGAUCUUUGUUUGUCUGGAGGAGUGCAGCGUCCGUGCCCCGCCGCGGUCGUCACCGUUGAUUUCAAGUUUUAAAUUUUCCAUUGUGAAUCAAAAAAUCAUAGUUAUAAUGGUAUUUUUAUAAGUCUAAAUUAUUGACUCAAGGUGUUUUUAUCGCACAAAUGAGAGAUGAAAACUUUGUGAUCAUUGUGUACCGUUGUUCUGCCUCCCUGAUGCACUCAGCCUUGUCAACCUAACCUCUUGUGUCAUGUCAUUGUAUUAUUAUUAUUAAAUACUAAGUAAUUGUUUAUAAACAUUGUAUUUUUAUGUGGGCCUACUUCAAGCUCACCAGUGUUUCAGUCCUUUGCCAAUAACUGUAUUUUUAUGGAAUUCAUUAAGCUUUGAGAAAAUAUUGUCUUGUUGUCAUUGUUGUCUUAGUGUAUUUAAUAAAUUAAAUUUUAACAAGGUGAUGAUGGAAAUGCUUGGAAGAAUUUUCGUAGCUUGAGAACUUCCAAGCGAUGGACGUACUUGAAUGUACUUAUCAUUGUACUUAAGUGUUCAGUUUGUGUGUUGGCUUGAAGACGUUCAGUCGUGUAGUGCAAGGAGCAUUCUACUCUAGUAGUUUAGGCCUAUUGUGUCCGUUUGGAUUUUUGUAUGCCAUUAUUAUUUCUUGUGAGAGAAGCAGAGUAAUUUUUUCUACAAUAUAACAUUUAGAUUUGUGAAUUUUUUAUAUUUAUUAAAGCAGUAUGACUGUAUGUGCAGUUGCCUUGGUUAAGUAAUAACAUGUUAGCAUAAUUGCUAGCUAAUUGUACAAGGCAUCUUACCCAUCAGGUUUUAUUUCGUUUGAAGUCAUUCUCCGUUGGAAUGUGUUAUUAAGAAGUAAUGUAAUGUGAAGAUAUCGGUGUUGCAGUGUAAAAUAUGGUCUUGUACUUUUCUAGUCCGCCUACUUAGUGUGUUUUGUUGCUGUGUGUCCCGCUGCACAAUGGGACAGCCGAUGGGACGGCCGGGGUGCAGGCUCUGCUGUCCGACCGUGAGCUGGGCAAUGUUAUCGUCAGUUUUGUCAUAUUUAGUAGUGGUGUAGCUGUAAUUGAAUAUUUGUUGGCAGCUUUUGUAUUCUUUUGUCUUAAAGAGGAGGUUAUUUUAACUCAUUGCAUUUAUAGUUCAUAAUUUUUAGUUGUUGCUAAUUUUAUACACAUUUAUAUAUAAAAAGUAUUAUCAUUCCUGUUUUGAAAGAAAUAUAUUUCUGUGCAAACUAUAGCUGCCAUUUGUAAGUAAAGUGUAAUUUAGUAGAGCUUAAUUAAAAUAAUGAUAGUAGCAGAAGUAGUGUGUGUAGGAGUGAUGUUAAUGAUAAUGUGUGGAGCGAAGAACAUCGUCGUCAUAGGAGCUCCGAAGUGUCGCGGCGAACAAGGGUCAGCUUUCAGCACAUGCUUACUUUAAGCCACUUCUUUGUUAACAAAGUGCCCCGAAGUCGGAGCCAUCAUUUAAUACUCAGUCCAAAAGUAACAAACACAUCUUUGCUGAUUCACGUAACAGUUUCCCAAAGAGACAGAUACACUGGUUGUUGUUAACUGGAGUCUAUAAUCUGUUUUGUACUAGUUGAUGUGAGUGUUGUGUUGUUAUGGUGACAUAUCCCGUAGCUGUCCCGUGUCCACAGUAGCAGCAAUAUCGUGUAAUGGUGGUCCACCCUGCUCUAGGCCUACUUCUAAACAACUUAAGACUGAUGGUGUGUCGUAGGGUGUAGCUGGCAUCGGGGACCUCCCGGCCGGAGGGGGGGGGGGGGGGGUCGGUUGGGCGUGAUGGCCCGGCCGCGCUGGGGUGGUUCUGUCGCUUCUUCAUCUGUCUCUUUCCGGUCCGGCUCGUUUGUGACGUGUCUGUUGUCGAUGACUUCGCUACUCCCUGAAGCAGUGUUGUUGAUAUUAGAUCCCACGGCCAACUGUUUUUUCUCCCAAAGUAGCCUUAAAAAAAAAUAAAAUCAUUUUGAAAUUGAAGUUGGAUUGUUGCUCGUCAGUUCAGUCUCUCGUUCGGUCGUGACGAGCACAGGGAAACUCUCCAAGUUGUUAAUGUGUUUGUAAAUGUCAUACAUGCUAAAUUGUUGAAAUGUAACUUUUCCUACUAACUAAAGCCUUACACACUUUUUGUUUCCUUUCAGAAUGAAAAUAUUAUUCUUGAGGUGAAUCGCUGCUUACGAGUAGUUCAACAUGUAUGUUAACUGCCAGGUCGUAAUUUAAGAAUGUACAUUGUCAAAAAUUAAGGAAAUUCUUGUACUUGUUUCUACUCAUAGUGAUCCUGCUGUUGUUAAUUAAUGCAGAAAAAAGUAAAAAUAUGAAUGAUCUCAUGUUUUUUUUUAUUUUGUGGAAUUCCGUACUAGUGCAAGUUUUUUGGCAUGAAAUGUGUAGUGUGCCAGUAACCAAUGUUUUGCAAUAAGUGGAUUGCGUGGAAAUUGACAGAAGUGUGAAAACUGUUGCAUAUGCAGAAUGAUCCAUUUUUUUUUUAAGCGGAAAUUAAAAAUACUUUGUUUUGAAUACAUUUUGGUUUUCACCCAACCCUGCAUUUGGAUAUGCACCUUUUUUUUUUUUUUUAUAGUAAAGCACAAGUGUAGUUCUCAUUGAUUAUUAUGUUUGUAUAAUCUGCAUCAACACUUCAAAUGUACUUUUAUUCUGUUCAGUUUUCCUUCUUUUUAGUUACUAUUUAUUCAUUUUUCAUUUCUGGCCAGGAAAAAAAAAAAUUUCUUUGACUGCAAUGCACAUGUAAUAGCUAUUUGGCUUGUAAAGGCAUAAAUUGGGAAGUACAUUUGGAUAUACCAUAGUAAUUGAAGUUUGUUAAUUAUUCUUUUUGUGUAAGAAAAUUUUUGUCCAAGCCUUUUUAUUUUAUUUACAUUUCUGUUCAUUUGGUGUUUUGGUAUGAAUGUUUUUUCAGUAUUAAUAAUUAACAAAAACCAAAGUUUUCAAAUUUAUCACUUGAACAAUGAUUUACCCGUUGGAAAACCAUACAUUUUUUAACUGAUAACCAGAACAUGUGGGUUUUGAUAGUUAUUUAAAGCUUCAAUGACACAUUCGCAGGAAUAGGGAGUCGAAUUGCAAGGCGAGUGACGAGGUAAAUGUAUAGUUGGUUCACUCGAUGUCUCGCAGUUCGCCCAGAGCGGUUGGUUGGAACAAGUCGGAGGCCGGACGAGGUUAACGAAUAGCAAACUCAGUGUUUACAUAGUCACUGUUGAGUUCGUAACGAGAGCUCUGAGAACCCGUGUUUGUUUUUUUAUUAUUAUAUUUUGAAAAAUGGAAUGGAGUAAUUCUCAAGAGUUUGAAUUUUGAAACUGUAUGAUAGUUUGGAAGUAGUUGUUAGCUAGUGCUUGGCCAGUGUCGUCACAACCACGUUGCCCCUCUUCUCGACUCUGAGACCUGAACACUCGCGAAUGUGAACAGUCUUUGCGUUAGAGGAAGAACACGCGAAGGCCAGUCACUAGUGGCAAGUAGAAUAUGUAAAUGCAGUAUAAAAGUUUUAGUGCUGUAGAAAAAAAUUUUAAUGCAUUCAUUUUGAAGAAAUAAAAUUAACCAUUUACUUCAAAGUUCGGUUUUCAUAUUUUCAAAGCUGUUGCCUAAAUUUAGUAUCAUGUUAUCAAAAAAAAAAAUUUUUGUAAUAUUAGUAUUAACAGUAUUAGUUGUGUUGUACACUAUCUGUUAUCAACUUAGCGCCAAAAUUCAAAUCAUUGCAAUUUAGUUAGCUUUGGAGCUAGAAACUUCAAUGAAAAAGUUUCUUGUGAAAAGUCCUAAAAUAGUAGGCUAUGCAAAAAUUGUCUUGUGACUCGAACCUAAAUGAUUUGGAUCGCAGAGAUACGGAUGACCUUCAGUCCGACUAUGACUGCAUGCCUCGUGACAUCUCGACGUCCUCCCACAGCCCUUGGGUGGUGCGAAUGAUUGCAUCAGUGGAAAGUUGGUUUGUUCCGUGAAGGAAUUGCCAGAUCAGCAGCCUAUGUUUGUAGAACUGUCGAUAGUGCUGGGUGGCCUGUGUGCUGGUUCUCUGGUUGAAAGCAGUAUUCAGCUUUGAUGUGGACUGGUGUGUGAAGAAGGUACUGAUGACAAUCGCUGUGCAUUAAUAAACGUGUCAUGGCAAACAGGCCUGCCAUUCAUGGUAGGUAUCACAGAAUGUCUCUUUCCACGCUUUUCUGAUAAGUGUUUUUAGCAGUAAAAUCAGCAAACAUGAAAAAUGUAAUCUCGACUGAAUUGUUUUGCAUUCAGGAACGUUAACGUUGUUGUCCUAGAUGCAUAUAUAAUAUUCACAUAAGUUUGUGGAUCACUUUAUUUGUAUGUAGCUUAUAUUUGUGUUGCCUGUGCAAGGAUAAAGGCUGUUAUCAGUGUUCUGUCAGUGUGUCUUUUGUGUGUCAGCUCUGUGUUGUUUAAAUUACUUCUGGCAUAAAUUCAUUCACAGAGCUAGGGCUGAAAAGUUAAGUUUUUUCCCCCUAAAACAGUUAGAAAUGUAACUAAGUUAUUUACUCUAUUGCUAAAAUAAGACAUAUUAUGUUUGACAAAACUUACUCUUUACUUCAAUCUUAUUGAAUAGCCAUAUUUUUUUUUUGUAGUGUUUAUUUUCAGCAAGUACUCCAAAUCUAAAUGCUUUGUUAAUGUUUGUUGUAUACUCUCGUGAAAACAACUUUUAAAUUUGUAACGAGCUCUCAUAUGCGUUUUGUUUCGUGUGAAUUGGUAAAAUCAAUUGGAAGUUUGAUUUUUUUUUACUCGUAUGACAUCAGCACACUUAUUCCAGUUGCUUGUUUGCAUGUAUGCCUAUCUGGUGCUGUGUAUCCGAACAGUAAUUUGAAAGGUGGGACAGCUAAGGCCCUGUACAGUAAUACAAAAAGGUUAAAACCUUGAAUCCUUUCAACAGGGUCACUUUGUGACACAGGAGUAGAUCUUGGCUUAAUACAACACUAUUUGCAACACUCCGCAAUUAGUGAUAGAAAUAUAAUAGUUUGACGUGAAUACCAACUAAAAUCAGCUCACUGUGUUUCCUACAUUCCAUGAUAAUCAGGUGGCUCUUAAUGUGCACUUAAUGCCCUUGGUGCAGGAAAAAUAUGACAUUUGAAAAAGUUCUACAUUAUAUAAAAUGAUAAACUAUCAGAAAACUAAUUUAAUUGUAGGCCAAGCGACACAGUAAGCUUUGAUAUUUGGUGACUAGGCAACUGCCACACAUUGCUAGUUUCUAUAUUUGUAUUUUAGAUAGCCACGCAUCUAUAUUGCACAUUGCCUUUACUAUACCAUCAGUCACAUUCACAAAUUUAUGUAUAAAUUCUUCUCAAGCAUAAACUAGUACCAAAUCUCAAUACAGUUCUCUAAAAGACCUUCAAUAAUCACAAAAACUGCGUUAUCACAUAAGGUAGGGCAAAUCCCACUCCAUUGGAUACGAACGAAAGUCUCUGGGGAAGUUGCAUGGACCGCAUUGUUAAGUGUAUUUAACAUUGUGAAAAUAUAAAUAAUUACACUUUGAAUGUAACAGCUUUGCAGGGAAUCUUCACUUGGUCUCACUACAGACAUACUGCAGUCAUAACUUCUGAGGAACAUUUUGUAGUAAUCAUCCUAAUACGAAUAUGCUUAAGGCAUUUCUGGGAUAUUUUAGGCAGCAUAGAAGUGCUGCUUGCAUGAUAGAGAAAAUUUGAGUUAUUCAACUCAACAAGCAUAUCAGCCACUCGACAAAAGCUUGGAAUAUGUGAAUUGUUUUGUGUUGUUAUUGCCAAACUUAGUUUUCUUGGCAUUAGUAUUUCCACUAAAAUGUUGCAAUUUAGUCUUCCUGGUUGUCUGCUCUUCAUUAUGGUUCUACCAACCACCAACUCAAUCCUCUCAAAGUCGCUGUUUCUUCCACGUCUGCCUGUUCAUUCGGCGCACGUAAGCUGCAGUGUCUGCUAAGCACCUCAUUGGUUUGAAACAGAAGUUCUGUGCUGCUACAGUAGUAUUUCUGAUAUAACGUCAGGUUUUUUUUCCCCCCCAUGUUUGAGAAUAGCUGUAAAGUUUGCUAGUGAAAAUGGGGAAUUUAAAUGGGAAAGCUUGGUUCUCUACCGUAAACCAAAACAAAAUUUAUUUAUUUUAUUGUUUCAUUAUAUUUUUGUUUGGAAGGUUCCCUGUCUGCAGUAGCUUGGAGGAGUCCGGCCUCAUUGGUGUCGGGAUUCAAAUAAAUUUUGCUCAAAUAUUUUCAUAAGAACUCUAAACCUGCUCUCCAACAUGCCAUUUUUGUAUCAAAAUAUAUAUUUUUGUUACACGUAAUAUUCCUAUAUAUAUACUGUACAAUCAUUGCAAAGUGAUGCCCGGUUACUUCAACUCCUCUGUUAAUAUGCUCCUAAUUCUAAAAACUUGAAUGUAUGUAUUCAACCAUAUUUAUGUAUAAAAAUCUUGGCAGGAUUUCUCCUAAAAUGUUUUACAUCUGCAGUUGUGCUGCACAUUUUCAAACCAUGCUGGGUUCCAUGUUGUUUUCGCAGACUUAUUGGGAACAUAGUUUUUUACAAUAUUGCCAGCUGUUUUAGACAAUCAUGCUAGUGACCAUUUUUUAAAAAAAGAAUUAAGUGUUGAAGCAUUUAUCCUUGCACAGCUCGGCAAGCGUUCGUGUGUAACUGAAGCGUCGCACUUGGCAUGGUCCAAGAGUGCGGCUCACAUUCCAAACAUGCUGUUGAAACCUGUUGCCCCUCUUUUAUAAAUAUUUCUGAAUUUGUAUGUUGUAUCAAAAAACUAAAAUAAACUUAAAAAAAAAAAAAAAACAUUUAAAUAUUAAAGUACCGUUGCAGAGAUAAAAGUGCAUAUGUUUAGUUUUGUAAUUCACUAUUAAAGGGAUGAAAAAAAAUACAAAUUGUUCAGCAGUAGUUUUGUCUAAUAUUUCCUAUUCUUUGAGUUUUUUGUUAUGUUAUGUUGUCAGAAAAAGUUUCUAUUUUUCCAUAGAAAGUUUUUCUUGUUGAACUAAGUGUGCCUAGUCAUAGAAGUUAAAUGAAAAUUUGAGAAACAUAAUAUACCAUCUGUAACACUCAAGACCCAUUAUUGGUUUCUGGGUGGGGGCCUGUUAUAUCUGUAUUUUAGAGUAUUUGGAAGUAAGAUACUAUUGAAUUUAAAGAACCAAGUGUGUACUAAGUGGUAUUGAAGAUGUAAGUCUCAAGUGGUUGUAUGCAUGGAAACUUGUAUUGAUAAUUAUUGAAUGUUCAAUUUUUUUAGAAGAAAUAUCUGUUGUAUACAAGUUGUGGUUAUUAAAAUAUUCACAAAAACUCAA